AUGGCGUUGAAUGAAACAGUUAAUCCGGUUGGUGAUGCCAAAUCUGCUCCCAAUUCAUCAAAUCCUGUAGGCCCUGCUGGUUGUCUUCUCUUCUUCGCUGCCAACUCUGCUUGCGGUGCCUUCACCGGCUCCAUCUUUGGCUAUGGUGCUGGAUUGGUUAAGAAGAAAGGCUUUAAACAAUCCCUUAUAGAAGCAAGAUCUAAUGCAAAGACAUUUGCAAUUUUAUCUGGAGUUGAUAGUUUGGUUGUCUGCAUCUUGGCAAGGCUUCGAGGAAAGGAUGAUGCUAUUAAUGCUGGGAUUGCUGGAUGUUGCUCUGGUCUUGCUAUAAGUUAUCCUGGUACACCUCAAGAACUUGUCCAGAAUUGCCUCACUUUUGGGGCUCUUUCUUUUAUCAUUGAAGGGCUAAGCAGGAAGCAAUCAGCACAAGCAUUAACAUUAACAUGUCCCCUUUCAAGCAAAACAAGUGUGCAAAGGCACAGCUAUACACCUCCCUUUGCACUUCCCCUUCAACUCCCUCUUUCAGAUGAAAUGCAAAGAGCCUUCUCCUCAUUCUGUGAGAAUUUGAGAAAAUGCAAAAAGGACAUUUUCCCUACAUCUAAUUGAGAACCAAGAUAUCAUGCCUUUUUUUUCUUUGUUUGCAUCACUUAAUUGUAAAUAUUCUAUGGAUCCUAUUUUAGAGUGUAAAGUUUAUAAAUUAGGAAUUAGAGAAAUCAGAAACCAUUUGUAUUCAAUAACUUGUUUUAUGUUAAUCAUGCUCCUAGUGGAUAUAGUGUGUUAUACAUACACAUUUGAUGUUCAAGAGUUUCAAUUAAGAAAAGCAAGUUAAAAAUGCUCAAGAUAUCAAGAAAGAAACAAUUACCUGUCUUUACAAAUGACUAAAUACAGGGAGUGCAGUUACAACUGAAUAAAAAAAGAAGUGCAAUUACAGUUUUAAGUUGUAACCCUAUUAAUAAUUUAAUACCAUUUUCUUUCUCUGUCUUGAAAUGUCUAUAGCUCAAUUUUUUCCUUUUUAGGGUAACUGAAUAUUUGUCGGAAAGGGCCAAAUCAAUUUUUUUCUGCAUCUUUCAUCUUUGAAGUGAUUUCACAACAAU